AUGUAUCCAAUGCAUGCAAUAUUUCUCCUGGCGGGCCUCGGCCUCGCAGCCCAGACGAGAAGAUACAACUUUACCGUCACCAACCAGUGGUCUGCAGGUGAUGGCCAUGGAAGACCAGUCUUUGCCAUCAAUGGUCAGACCCCCGGUCCGCUGAUUGAGGCGGACGAGGGCGACGAGAUUGAGGUUUUUCUAGAGAACCAGCUGGGAUUUGAGACGACGAUGCACUGGCAUGGCAUUUAUCAAAUCGACAAGCCGUGGAACGAUGGCGUCCCAGGAGUCACACAGUACUCUGUCCAACCAAGAGACAAUUACACGUACAGCUUCACGGUCCAGCAGCAGUACGGCAGCUACUUUUACCAUGGCCACUUUGGACCCGCGUUUGCCGACGGCAUGAGAGGUCCCAUCUGGAUCAGGCCAGCGGCGUGGAGGCCACGUCCGUACCACCUCAUAUCCUCUUCACCGGCCGACGUGGCGGGCAUGAAGGCGGCCGAGGCCAAUCCUCGCCACGUCGUCAUCAGCGACUGGAACGCCGAGCCCAUGGACACCUUGCUGAUCAUGUACCGCGACACGGGCAUCGUGCCUUGGUGCAGCAACUCGAUCGUGCUCAACAACAAGGGCAGGACCUUUUGCCACUCGGCCGAGGAGAUUGAAGCGGUGGGCGGUCCCGGCCGAAACUCGCUGGGCUGCUUGAUGCAGGACGGCCAGGCGCUGUACUCCAACCUCCCCACCUGCGAGGAGACUUUUGCCGAUCUCGAGGUCUUUGAGGCGCAGCCCGGCGAGGAGUGGAUGUGGAUCAACUUUAUCCACUCGGGCGCGCACCACGAGCUGCAGAUCAGCAUCGACGAGCACGAGUUCUACGUGGUCGCGGCCGACGGCGAGUUUGUGCACCCGCAAAAGGUGCACGCCGCCAACUGCAACCUCGGCGAGCGCAUCGCCAUCCUCGUCCGCCUCGACCAGGCGCCCGGCGACUACGCCGUGAGGGUGACGUCGCUGCGCAGAGAACAGAUGAUUCAGGGCGUCGGCAUCCUCCGCUACUCGGAUCGACCUGCAGGGGCCCGAUCAGGCUCGGCACGAAUCGCGGUGCCCGAAACAAGGCCCUGGGUGCACCUGAAUGGCACCUUCAUCUCACCUUCGUCCGUGGCAAUGGACGAGUCAAGACUGGCCCCCUACCCUGCGCGUCCACCUCCCCAAAAGUCGGACCACACCCUUCGCUUUUUUGUCAACAUGACUGGCCCCGGAAGUUGGGCGCUCAAUAUUGGGCCGCACCAGGCCUUUCGUCAGCAGCUGCCCCCUCUGCUGUGGGAAGGCGACUCCCGCGGUGAUACCACCUACGGCGGAACGAGGGGUGAGAUUGGCGAUGGCCGGCACGGCGGAGCGGGUUCGCUGCCCAACGGUACCGUCGUUGACAUCAUCUUUGAGAACGGGGCCAACGUCAACAGCCAACACCCUUUUCACAAGCACAACAACAAAGCUUGGAUCAUCGGCACCGGCACCGGUGGAUUUCCGUGGAGCAGCGUGGACGAGGCCCUCGAGCAGGGCGGCAUGUCGCAGCACUUCAAUCUCGUCGAUCCGCCCCUUCGCGAUGGUUGCAGGCUUGGCAACAGCACCGGGGACUGGACGGUGAUUCGAUACGACAUUUCGUUUCCCGCCGCGAGCAUGUUGCAUUGCCACAUGAUUCAUCACUUUGCGGCCGGCCAACAGGUGGUGUUGCUCGAAGGUGUCGAGUCCAUGUCCAAGAUCCCUGAUCACGUCAAAAACAUGGUCCACUCGGAUUUCCAGCCGCCCCUCCGUUAUGGACCCUUAGACUAG